AUGUCGAACGAUCAACGGGCAGGACACGCUGGGACCAGAGAAUACCUAGAAUACGAGAGUUCUAGGGCUGGUGCCCAAGUGCAAUACCACUACGCAGAUGAGUAUGAGCGACGAAAUGUCCGAGCCCAGCGACAGGCAAGACGCAUUGCAGAGUACAACGCCGAGUUCCAGCGCGCAAUAGCACGGGGUCGAAGAUUCGGUUAUUUCCGGGAUGUCGAUACCGAAAGAAUGAUGCCGUUCGAGCACCUAGGGGAGAGCCAGAGCGUGAAUGAUCUCAGGCGCACACUUCAAGCCUACGCUGACCAAUCAUACCCAGCCGAUGCUGCUGAGUUGAUCUACGUUGAGGCAUUCACGCGCCAGCUCAAAGAUCUAAAAAAGGUCUUUGCUGAUAGCUGGACCGGCGCAGAUUUGUGUCUCCGUCACGAUCGGUCAGAUGAGUGGAGCGAGCUUCUGAAUGUAUUCACGGGGUUUCUCCGGGAGGGAAACAACUUCUACGACAGAAUACAAAUGUUCAUCACGAGGGAGGGACGGCGCCGCGCUGAUGCUCAAGCUGCACGACAAUUCAUGACCACUUUCAACGCCGGCCGUGAGCGAGCAGACCUGACAGGUGACAUGAGACGCUGGGUCCGGGAUGUAGAGGAGCAAGUCGCCUCGUUUCUAAAUGAGGCGCAGGCAUUUCAACGCCACUACGAGAAUGCGAGAUGA